GCGGAGAAAAAGCCAGCCAGCUUUCUGAAAUAAGUCACCAAUCAAGAUAGGAAACAGGUCAGUCCGUAUCAGAGCCACCCGGAGCAACAGUUCCUUCACCGUUGCACACCGGUACAGACCAAUAGUACAGUAAUCUCCCCCAGACAAUACUUUUGGUAAUUGUUUUUUUUAAAAGAAAACGUUCCUCCUAAUUAUUGUUUCUUGCGACUGGUCGCGCUGGAUUCGAUUUGUCAAUUCUGACUCGGGGACAGAGAGCGCGGACAGACGCGAACAAAAGGCUAUGAUCACUCGCUGGUGUCUGUUUGACUGAAUCGUCUUGUUGAUGAAUAAUACCGGCCUGAAGAAGAUUUCAGUACAUUCCGAACUCAAAACCUUCCUACGUGCUUUUUCGCAAAGCGCCAGGACCUUCCACCCCGCAGAAAAUGUACCAAAGUCUGACACUGGCAGCGAACCACGGACAGCCCAGCUAUCCCCAUGAGGUUUCGGGCAGCUUCAUGCACUCUCCGACCGCCUCACCUGUGUAUGUGCCGACCACCCGUGUCCCCUCCAUGCUCCCCAGCAUACCGUACCUCCAAAACUGCGAGUCGGCCCAUCAGAGUCACCAUCUGAGCAACCCGACCGGCUGGCCGCAACCAGGUACCGACAGCUCCGCGUUCAACCCCAGCAACCCUCAUCCUUCUACCACCUUCUCGUAUUCUCACAGUCCCCCCAUGAGUCACGGGGCCGGCAGGGAGGCGGCUUACAGCAAUCCCUUGGUCAUCAGCGCAAGUGGCCGGGAACAGUACGGCAAUGCCCUGGUCAGAUCCGUCAAUGGAUCUUACUCCAGCCCGUAUCCCACCUACGUCGGCCCAGAGAUGACUUCGACCUGGCCACCUGGGCCUUUCGAGAGCAGCAUGAUUCACAGUCUCCAGGCCAGGCAGGUCUCUAUGUCUGGGAGGAGGUCCAGUCUGGAGAUGUUGGAAGAUUUCCCCGAGGGCCGGGAGUGUGUGAAUUGUGGGUCCAUGUCUACUCCGCUCUGGAGACGGGAUGGGACAGGCCAUUAUCUGUGCAACGCGUGCGGAUUGUACCACAAGAUGAACGGGAUGAACCGACCGCUCAUUAAACCACAAAGGAGAUUGUCAUCAUCUAGACGAGCUGGUUUGUGUUGCACUAACUGCCACACCUCUACUACAACCCUUUGGAGAAGGAAUGCUGAAGGGGAGCCGGUGUGUAAUGCUUGUGGACUAUACAUGAAACUUCAUGGGGUACCACGCCCACUGGCCAUGAAAAAAGAAAGCAUUCAGACAAGGAAAAGAAAACCUAAGAAUGUUACCAAAUCCAAGGGUUCCUCAGGGACAGCUUCAGGAACCAAUUCCCCAUCUUCUAUGUCUAACUCUGAAAAUGCAUCAACUAUCAAAACUGAAUCUGAUCUGGCCUCAUCUCCAUAUGCAGGUCAAACAGUUGUGUCUGUUUCUCAGGCUCCAUCCACAGCUAUGUUAAGUCGAGAAGACUUGAACCGUGGUCCUUCACAAUUGAAAUAUGUACCAGAAGAUUAUUCCUAUACCUCAGCCACUGCAAUCCCACAGACUGGAGUUAAUGUUCCACUCAGACAAGACUCUUGGUGUGCUUUGGCACUGGCAUAAAGUAUGAUCUUACAAAUUUUCUACUUCUAUCAUUCAGAAGACCCAGAUGCUGAAGGAGUUGAAAGAAAUAACUUGAACCCAUAUAUUUGCAUGGCAUAUUUCUAAUUGGUGAAGUAUCACAAAAAACUCACAUACCUGACCAUCCCUACAAACACACUUGAUUCCGGAUGUAGGUACAAGCUUUAUUGUGAAUCAGUAAAUUUCAACAUCCCUGGCAACAAGCGAUCAAGUGAAACGUAUGCUGUUCAUCUCAAAUGUGAAUGAAAUCAAAACCAUUCUUUCAAAGUGCCUUCUUGUGAACUAUUUGUGAGUGCAAUUAAUUUCAUUAGAUCAGCAGUAAUGACUGAUCCUGUUAGGCUGAAUAACUUAAUAAUUUAAUGGGAAAGUGUGAACAGAAAUUAUUGUAUGUUAUGUUGAAAUAUUGGUUCUUUCGAUGGACAGAUAUUUCACUUUUGCUUUGAAUAUUUUAAUGUUAUACUAAAAAGCAUUCAGUUCCUUUUUUGUAAUUGAACUGUUAAAAUAUUUUGCCUCUUCAAGAACAGAUGAACCAAUUCAUCUAUAAUCUAUAAAUAUAUAUUACAAUUCAAGGCUUCCAAUCUCUAUACAGAAAUAUACAAAGAUUGUUAAUGGGGUAAAAAAAAUGAACAGCAUUUGACAUGUAUAUUAUGUUGUAGAAAGGUUAUGUUAACAAUACAAAUGUUUUGCAUAUCCAAAAAAAUACACAAGUUGUAACUACCUUUGAGACACUGUUUUAAAAUGUGUUGUGAAUAAAAGUGUAACCAUGA